CUUAACAGAGCUCUUCGUCUUCCUUCUCUUUUCUCCAGAAGCACCACUACUCUUUGUUUCUCACAUUUCUUGUUUUUUCGUUUAUUGUAUACAAAUGGCAAUAGCUUUAAACAUGAAUGGUUACAUGGACGAGUUCACGAAAGCUCUUGAACCAUUCAUGAAGGUAAGUUCACCUUCUUCUCCCUCCUCUUCAUCAACCCCAAAAACCUUCACUCCUCCUUUUGACUUCAUCCCCAAUAAUAACCAAGCCUUGCUGGUAUCUAACCAACCCGGUCCGAUUGGGCUAAACCAGCUCACUUCAGCUCAAAUCCUCCAAAUUCAGACCGAGUUACAUCUCCGACACAACCACCAAUCUCGUCGUCGAAGUGGUCAUCUUCUCACCGCUAAACCAACCCCAAUGAAGAAAACCGACGUCGUAACCAAACCGGUUAAGCUAUACAGAGGCGUGAGGCAAAGGCAAUGGGGCAAAUGGGUUGCUGAGAUUCGUCUACCUAAAAACCGAACCCGGUUAUGGCUCGGUACGUUCGAAACUGCUGAACAAGCUGCAUUAGCUUACGAUCAAGCUGCUCAUAAGAUCAGAGGAGACAACGCUCGUCUCAACUUCCCCAUCGUUGCUCUUCGAGGAGACUACAAACAGACGUUGUCUCCGUCUAUCAGCGCAAAGAUCGAAACAGUCUGCAAGAGCUCUGAUCUUACUCUGCCUCAGCUUCAGAAACAGGCCAAAACAGAGGACGUGUUCUCUGGUUUCCAUUACACGGGUUAUAAACCGGAGCAAGAACCGGAUUUUGUAUCCGGGUGCUCGGGAACUUCUCCUGAGUCGGAUGUAACGUUGUUGGAUUUCUCAAGCGAGUAUAUGAAAGAGGGUGAGAGUUUCUUGAUGGGUUUGAACAAGUAUCCUUCUUUGGAGAUUGAUUGGGACGCUCUAGAGAAACUCUUCUGAAUCCAUUUGAUCUACUAGUCUUGUUUUAAUGGGCCGUUUAUUGGGCUAUGUUUAUUUUAAGAGCCCAAUAUCUGUAAAUUAAAAUCAGAUCCAAUAAUUUUUGGACUUCUUUUUUUUUUAAA